ACCCCCCAACAAGUCUACAAUGUUGCCCACUGUCAACACAAAGUUCCCGCCUCCCCCGACGGCACCAAUCCCGAUUAAGCCCCAUUUCCCUCUUCGGACGGCACACAAGAAGCGACCAUCACUAGAAAUCAUCACAGACUUCAACUCACAUACAGCCAGCAUGGGCUUUCAAGCCCCCCGACUGGGCGCUUUGGGCCUGACAUUUUUGGUUAUGAGGGCACUGCAGUUCGCUGCUCUGAUCGCAGUGAUCGGCUUGAGCGCAAACUUCAUCGAUGAGUUUUCUACAAAGUCACUGGCAUCACCUUCAGAGCUUCUUGGUACUCUGGUAGUGGCCGUCAUUGCUGUCAUCUAUGUCGUUAUCUCCUACGUCCUCUACUACGAUGCCAUGCUUCCAUAUCUCCUCAGUGGAAUUCUUGACGGCUUACUGCUGGUCGCCUUCAUCGUCGUCGCCUCACUACUCGGCAAGCCCCUUUCCCAUCUCCAGUGCGCUCUCAUGCCCCAGGAUCCUGACGCCAACAACUUCUGGACAUCUGUCCCAUUCACAAUCAAGUCCCAAGAAACGACGCAUGACGAUGGCCUAUACUUCACCUUUGUGCACAUGGACCAACCCACCUGCUUCGAGACCAAGGCCAUCUGGGGUCUUUCCAUCGCUCUAUGCGUGCUCUUUGCCUUCAGCAGCAUCGUCUGCGUUGGCCUCUGGCGUCGCGUCAGUCGCGAGACGGUUGGGCGCGCGGGCGCUGGCUGGGGGGUUCGCGAGAAGAACUACUACUUGUACGGGUCGGAGUCAGAGUCGGACGUGUCCCUUUAUGGCCACAAAACCACCACCACUGCUCCACCACAGUUCCCUCCUCCCCCGUUGGCGCCCAUGCGUAUCACCGGCGGCGCUCGCCGCAGCGACAACCAACAACAAUACGACAGUGAUCCUCAAGACAUUCCGGUCCCCACCACCCGCGCAAGAGCCGGCCUGCCACAGAACCGUCGCAGUCUUUCCGGCUCCAGGUCCAGCAUCGACUCCGACGCCUCCUCUACUCUCAGUCGGGGAGCGAGCCCCGAGCGCCAACUCCGCAUCAGCGGUGGUCUAGCGCCUCCGCCGCCCGUCCGCCACUGCUGCAACGGUGGUCGCGUCGGGCUAGGCAUUAUGCCCACGAUUCCCGGCUCACCCAUCGACGCCACACAAGAGCGGACCAUCAUGGACGGCAUCUCGCCCAUCAUGUCCCGCGCCCCCCAGGCUCUGCCUCUCCCUGUUGCCGACCCAGCGUUCCGCAGUACCAGCACCAACAACCUCACCCUGGCUGUCCCCUCCGCUACGCAUGGUACUUAUGGUCACCACAACCACGGCCAGGUAGGAGCUGGAAGAGCCACCCUCCAUCCACCACUCACCAUCAUCACCGAGUUUCCCAUUGUCUCCCCGUCUGGUUACUGGCCCACCAAUAACAUCUCCCCACAAGAAUAUAAGCGCGCCGCGCCGCCGCGCUCCCCGCUGUCCCCGCUCAGCCUGAGAGGGCUCGGCUCCUUCAUGGCUCGUAGGGGUUGCAAGAGGAAGGAAGUCCCGCCGCCAAUUAUCGUGCAUCCUAGUUCGCCUUCGCAGUUUGCGCAUGUCGUUAAUAGCGCAGGAACGGAUAGUGUGGCGUUGGGAACUCCCGUUGAUGGCUUAGGCCCGAGCCUGUCGCCGCCGCCGCCGCCACAUCUGCAGACGCCAAACCCGCCCAAGAGGAGAAAGACAGUUUGGGGGAUGAUGGUGGAGGGAUGGUGGGAUUUGGGACUGUUGGAGAGGAUGGGGAGUGGAAAGAGGAAGAAUACGAAGUGA